ACGGACCACUUUACGAUUCAGUCGGCGCAUGAAUGGCGUCGGCACAUUGAAAGCUCUUCAGGAAACACGGAAAAAAGAAAGUUUGAUGGACAGGUGGCCCAUGCUUCGUGGCUGCGGGACUGAGGGUCCGCUCAGAAUUGGGAUAGUCGACCAUUCCGAGACUAGUUAUUCGGACCGGGCUAUCCAUUUUUAGUUGACAGCAAUGACAGCGGAAGUGACAGCAUAAGAAGUCGCCCUUUGACAGAGAUACAUCGUCCGCUCCCAAGGUGCAUAACUGAUUUUCAGAGUACAUCUGGUCUCGUUUGCCUGCUACACAAAUUUGCGGAUCGUUAUUAUCGCCAUGGCCAGUCAAUCUCCGUUCGACCUUCCUUUCGACCAGUUGCCAAAUCCCAAGCAGGUCUGGGUCGGCAAACCGGGUAGCUAUGAGGAAGGUCUGGGGAGACUAGCUAUCCUGACUCCAGAGGUGGUGGCUAAGGCGGCCGCCACUGAAAUCAAAACUGGCCGACGAGUCACCACGAACUGGGAGAUGACGAAGCUAGAUUAUCCCAACUUGAAUCGUCAGCCAUGCCACCAUCAGAUUGUGCCCCUACUAGGCGGCGUGGCUUUUGACGAUAUUUUCACUAUGAAUCCCCAGCAAAGUAGUCAAUGGGAUGGCCUCCGGCACUUCUCCCAGACCGUCCCGGGACAAACGGAACGGCUUUUUUACGGUGGUACAACUGCAGCCGAAAUUAAUGACCGCACCAACGAUCGGAUUGGUUUGCAGCACUGGGCGCGAGAAGGUAUUGCCGGCCGCGGAGUGCUGAUCGACUACGCGACGUGGGCAGCGAAAAAAGGGAUCACCUAUAGCACCUUCUCCACUCACCAGGUGAAACUGUCCGAUAUCCUGGAAAUAGCUCGGGAAUGUAACAUCACGUUCCAAAGAGGGGAUGUCCUUUUUGUUCGCGUCGGAGUUACCAAGGAGUGGGAGACGAUCAUGACCGACGAGCAGAAGAAAGCCUACUCAGACAACAAGGCCCCGGAACACGCCGGUGUCGAGGCGACCACGGACGUCCUGCGCUGGUUGUGGGACACUGGAUUUUCAGCCAUAGGAGGAGACGCCAUCAGCUGGGAGGUGUAUCCGCCGCAAAACCCAGACGUCUUCUUGCACGAAUACGUCCUGGCGGGAUGGGGCAUGCCCAUUGGCGAACUAUUCGAUCUCGAAGCGUUAGCCCGACUUUGCGAGGAGCAGCAACGAUGGUCGUUCUUCGUCUCGUCAGUACCGUUGAACAUGCCGGGUGGAGUGUCAUCGCCGCCGAACGUGAUGGCCAUUUUCUAGACCUGCGGAUGCAGGUUCCGCAACAGUAGUUGCAGUUAGCUUUUCCAGUAACUACAGAGUAGGAUCACAGACAAUCAAAGCUUUUCUUCGAGUAGCGUGCAGAAAGACGCUGCCCGAAGGAGCCACUUGCAUCACUUCCCUGUCAAGCGCUGCAUUAGUCCGUGGGCAAUAACAGAUUUUGAUUAUUACAAGUAGAAUGAUGAUGUGCACUCGCCCGCUC